CUGCGUAAAUUUGAUUGCAGAUGAGCGCUUCGGACAGACCUCGCCAGGCAGGACGACGGCUCGGCGUGCAUGAGGAGACUGGGAGGAGAGGAGUGGAGGUGAGGUGAGGCGAGAACCCGGAGUGCCUCUCGUGACAAGGCUGGCUUGCCCAAGUUCUAGGAGAGGAACAGCGACAGAGCGAGAGAAAGAGAGUGCGAGAGCGAGAGAGAUCUGGAGGAUGGCGACGAGUAGUUAACGUUGUGGUGCAGCGCGCGACAAGAGCGGACACGGCACGGUGUGCGAGUGGUAGAUCUAAUGCGCUAUCGCUGGUGGAAGAGGAUUUGAAUCAGAGAGUGAGAGUUCGUUGUUGUGCUUUGGUUCGGGUAGAUCUGGUUUGACUAAAGGCGCAUGGCUGGUUUGAAAGACGUAGCCAAUCUAUGAGGUUGGCAGAAGUGGUCUGUGCAUUGACAAGGGGACGAAAGUAGUGCGGGCUGGAGGAUUGGUGCCAGAGAGUGACUUUCAGAGAACGCGCAAAUGGCGAUUGCACCCAAAAAGAUUCGUAAAGCAAUAGGCGGUCUGAAGGAUCAGACCAGCAUUGGCUUUGCGAAGGUAGGUGGCGCGAGAGCUGCAGACCUCGACGUCGCACUUGUGAAGGCAACCAGCCACGAUGAUUACUUCGACGAGAAAUAUGUUCAGGAGAUUUUGCACCUCACCUCUCACUCCCGCGGCUACGUGAGUGCAUGCGUCACCAGCGUGGGCAGGAGAUUGACUAAGACACACGACUGGAAUGUGGCUUUGAAGGGUCUCAUGCUCUGUCACCGUCUCCUCCGUGAUGGUGAUCCCAGCUUUGAAAACGAACUGAUGCAUGCCACCCGACGUGGUCGCCGCAUUCUAAACCUCUCAAACUUUAAGGAUGAAACGCAUUCAAACGCUUGGGAUUAUAGCUCUUUUGUUCGGACAUAUGGAUUGUUUCUCGAUGAGCGUUUGGAUUGCUCAUUGAAAGUUUCCGGCAAGAACAAGAACCGUAGAGGUAGAGGCGAGAGAGGAAGCAGGGGCAGGUCUUCACAUAGCAAAUCUCCUGUGGAAUCGAGCUAUCGAAACUCUCCAGAUCGGUAUGCUCGAUCUCGGUGUGGUGGCUCUCCUGAUUCUCGUGCAUAUAGCAUAGCAACCACGAACGAUAACCGGCGGCACAGCAAUUACGACGGGGAACUUUCGCCACGGUAUAGCAAUAGGUCAGGGCGCAAAGAUUCGUGGAAAGAUGACAGAUCCGAUGACAAGGAAGAAGAUUCUGACAAUGUGCCAAUCAAGGAGAUGAACGUCAAGCAGUUGCUAGUCAAUCUUCCUGCCAUGCAGAGAUUGAUGGACCGGGUGCUUGGAUGCCGGCCCGCAGGUGCUGCAAAGACAAACCGCUUGGUCCAGCAUGCUCUGUACCUUAUUAUUAAGGAGAGCUUCCAGCUGCAUAGGGAUAUUUGUGACGGCAGUGCAGUUCUUCUCGAGGCUUUUUUCGACAUGGACCAGAAGGACAGGGUUAAAGCCUACGAAAGCUUCUACACCUCUGCCAAACAAGCGGACGAGCUACAUGAGUUUCUCAAUUUGUGCAAGCAUCAUGGUAUUGGUCGGUCUUCGGAGUACAUCGAAGUCGCACCUGUUCCGAAGGAGCAACUGGAUAAUCUUGAGGAAUAUUUGCGAUCAAACGCACCAACCCGAACCAGGAGCAAGAGCCCCGAGGCUCCGACUUUGCAACUCGAGUACAAGCCUCGAACUCCUGAGCAUUCACCAGAAUCUGAACCUGUUCCGAAAGAAGACGCUCCCGAGGUUGUAGUAGAACCAGAGCCAGCGCCAGCCCCUGCACCAGCCCCUGUCCCAGCUCCAAUAGCCGCUGUCGGAGAUUUGUUAGACAUGGACAAUGCAACAAUAUCUACCGAAGAUCACAGCGAGAAACUCGCUUUGGCCCUUUUCUCUACUUCAACCACCACUAGUACCUGGGAAACCUUCAAUUCGGACGAUAAACAAAGUUCCCUUCAAGCAUUUAAUGCCUCAGAAUCUGGAAAAGCUGGUUGGGAGCUGGCCUUGGUAGAAUCUGCAAGCAAUCUGUCGAAGCCCGCCCCUGACCGACCCUUGGCUGGUGGUUUUGACAACCUACUUUUGGACAGCAUGUACAACCAGGGUGAAGUUCUGCAGAAACAAGCUGUCGCUGCAGCUCCAACGGGUAGCGCAAGCAGUGUGGCUAUUCCUAACCGCCCUUCUUCUGCCUUCCUCGCUUUGCCUGCUCCUCCCGGAGCAAUGUCAUUGCCUCUGAACGGGGAUGACCCCUUCGCAGCAUCUGCUGUUGUUCCUCCUCCUGCGUAUGUGCAGAUGGCAGAUCUGGACACGAAGCAACAACUCUUAUCUCAAGAACAAAUCAUGUGGCAACGAUACCAGAUGGAGGGUAUGCGGGGCGAGGCGACUUUCCAGAAAGUGUUGAACAAUCCCUACGUUUGCAUGCCAGGUCCUGGCCCAAUGAUGCCACCCUACCAAAACCCUUACACUGUUGGCAUGCCCGUGGGAUACCAAACACCGUAUUAAAUUGAGUACCUUGGGCAAGUUGUAUAUUUUGCCAGUGAGCCAAGUGCUGCCAUUUUGAUAGUAUUUUGAUACUAUUUUGAUACCUGUACAUUGUGGAGGGAUUUAGAUACUAUUUGUUCAGCCCACAUUUGCCUCCCCUAGUCUGUAGACAACAUUCUUUGUCAAAUGGCAAUGCACAUCGGUGAUGCACAAGACAACUGUGUUUUGAUGCUUUCCUUCAUUGCCAUUUCUUAAUCGAUCUUACUGGUAUAAUGAGAAAUUUCCCGAAGUACCUUGAAAUGGAAUAUUUAUGAGUGGUUACGGUAA